AUGCCCAGCAAUGACGAAGAUUCACUUGACCCAUUUACGCAAGAAGAAACGAGUCAGACCUCUCUACAAUCAGCAAGAGCCAGCUACUCGGAUCUUCAGACACCCAUCUUCCUCGGCCACGGCUCCGCCGAUCCAAAGGUCUCCGUCCGCCUAGGGGAGCGGAUGGCAUCUCUGCUAUCUCAGCAGCUGCAUAUGGACGUGACAUGGCGAGCAUAUUCAGGAUUUGGACACUGGUACAAAGUUCCUGAUGAGAUUGAUGAUGUUGUUUCGUUUUUGAAGGACAAGCUGGGGGUCCCGGUUGGAGAAGUGCCUAGGGCGUCGACGGUUACUAGCAUUGACGGCGCAGACGUAUCUGUGAGAGUUUCUGGUAAUCAUAAAGAAAAAAAAAGGAAGGAAAGAAAAGAGAAAGGAACAAAAUUUUUGACAACUGCUAUACCAGCCCUUGAGACUCUUCAACUGUUAGUUCCUGACGGGACCUCGAUUUGUCAGCAGGCAGGUAGAUUCUCUGAAAUAUAUAUCAGAUAUAGAGAUAGACGUGCUAAUUGUUCUGCCAGAUUGAUUAAUUCAACUACAAGAAAAAAAAACGAAAUGUCAACGCUAAACAUCCCCCCCUCCCCCCACACCGUCCAGGUGAGCAUCAUCGACACCACGGCCUCUAUCCAAGUCACCGCCGACCGCUUCCUCUCUCCGCGGGUCGACGGCUUCUCGACGCUGAACUGCAACGCUUUCGCCUUUCUCAUCGAGAACCCGCGCUCCGGUAGAAGAGUGCUCUUCGACCUGGGACUGCGCAAGGACUGGCAGAAUCUCGCUAAACCGCAGUAUGAGCGCAUCCAGACGACUUUUAAGCUGUCUGUCGAGAAGAAUGUCGCCGAUAUCUUGACGGAGAAUGGGGUCCCGUUGGAGAGUGUCGAUUCUAUUAUCUGGAGUCACUGGCAUUUCGACCACGUCGGCGACCCCUCGACAUUCCCCUCGUCAACAUCCCUCGUCGUCGGACCAGGCAUGCCAGCCGCCAAACUGCCUGCAUAUCCGACAAACCCGGACAGCACGCUGCUAGAAAGCGACUUUGCAGGCCGCCAACUCGUCGAAAUCACGCCAGACAAAUUCACCCUCAAGAUCGGCGACUUUGGCGCGUACGACUUUUUCGGCGAUGGGUCGUUCUACCUCCUUGAUGUGCCGGGGCAUGCGGUUGGGCAUGUUUGUGGGCUGGCUAGAACGACGAGUGGCGGCAGCAGCAGUAGCAGUAACAGCAGCGACAACGAUACUUUCAUCCUCAUGGGUGGCGACUCGUGCCAUCACGCCGGACAGAUCCGUCCCUCGCCGUAUCUGCCUCUGCCGGAGCAGAUCCGGCCGCAUCAACCCCAGGACGAAGCGAGCCAUCCGCCCUGUCCAGGAGCGCUCUUCGAGAAAAUCCACCCUGAUCCCGUCAACUAUCGCACCAGGCCUUUCUACCGGAUCCGCGUCUGGGAGGACGGCACCACCGUCGCUCACGACCCGGACACGGCGCAGCAGAGCAUCUACCGCCUGCAGCCGUUCGAUGCGGCGGAGAACGUCUUCUUCGUGUUUGCGCAUGACAGGACGCUGGCCGAUGUGGUGGACAUCUUUCCAGCGACUGCGAACAGGUGGAAAGAGGCCGGGUGGAAAGAACGGGGAAGAUGGCGGUUCUUGAGGGAUUGGAAGGUUGAGUCGUAA